UGGAUAAGUUACAGGUCUUCUUUAUCUUGUAAUUUAACUCAAAAUUAUUUGUUUCCCAUCCCAAUUUACCUGUCUGCUCAUGAGUUAUUUAUCAGCACUGAGGACAUGAAAAAAUAGUAGGCUGUGAAUAAAGGGUUAAUACCAGGAUUGGGCUGAUGCGAGAGGAAGGCGCGCCUCCUCUGUCUUCUCAAGAUCCUGGUCAUAAUGGGAACCACGAUCUCUUUGCUUUAUAUGUGGCUGUAUUCUCAGAGCUUCCAUUUUCAUGUAGCACAUCUUUAUGCACGCUUCGGGGAUCCCAGUGCCCAGCUUAUUGUUGGCCAGAGAUACCUGAAAGGAGCUGGUGUGGUGAAGGAUGAAGAGAUGGCAAUGCAUUGGUUUAGACAAGCUGCCAAGCAGGACCAUCCCCGUGCUUCCUUUAACCUUGCGGUAGGAAAACUGAAAAACAUGACUGGAUCCAUGGAAGUAGGGGAAAUAGAGAUACUCCUUAAUGUUGCUGCGAGACAGGGGGUCCAAGAAGCCCAGGAACUUCUGGAGAAUGUUAUCUGGACUAGAAGCAAGCUCGUGCCAACUAAAGAAUUGAGGGUUUUUGAUAAACUGUAGCCUGUGUAGUGCAUGUGCUGCCUGGAUGGGGUACCUCACUCUCACUCGCUCACUGUGACCUUGCAGUGCUCUGGGGAACCGCCAGUGAAAGUGGCUUUUAGUUACAGUUUUCUAUGGUGCUGCAUUACUGAUUAGCGUAAAUCCUUUCAGGGGCGCCUGGGUGGCUCAUUCGGUUAAGUGUCCAAC